UCUUUCUCUUCUAAUGAUGUAAAUAAUUUCCUUUGAAUCAGAGGGCGAAACAUUUAGGAAAGUUUUCAGUCUAAGUAUAAAUCAUUGGAUCUGAAGAUGGCGUGGUGCGAAGCCACUAACGAUGAAACCAAAGAUUUUCUGUGUUCUCUCAGAUGGGGUGAUCUCUCUGGAGAGUUGGUCAUGGACAUCGGCUGUGGCAUGGGAUAUAUGUCGACUAAAUGCAUUCUGCAACGUUUUCCUCGAGUCAGUGAAAUAGUGGCGAUUGAUAAGGAUCCCUACUGCAUUCAUCGAUCGCAAAUGGAGUUCAAAAAUGACUCCUAUAAGAAAGUUAAAUUCCAUUGCAUAAGCAUUACCGACAUGGCUGAAUUAGAACCAUGGAAGGGAAAAAUUUCCAAAAUUUUCAGCUUUCAUUGUAUCUCAUUUGUGAGACGACAGGAGCGUGCUUUCAGAAACAUGUUCGAAUUACUGAUACCCGGUGGUCAAGCAGCUCUGCUCUUCGUCCUAAGGUCAGAAAGUGAUGACGUUUAUCUGGAGAUGAUGAAAAAUCCAAAAUGGUCACGGUUUUUCAGACAUAUGAAUGACCGGAAAAUAUUGAAACUCAGAGAGUCCGACCCUACGUAUUAUAGCAAUAUGCUGAAGCAAAUAGGCUUCCUGGUUCUGUUCUGUAGAGAGAAAAUAAUAGAGCAUGUUUUCUAUGACGAUGAAGAGUGCAAAGAUGUCAUUUGGGAAUCUACUUUGCUUGAAAACAUACCAAGGGAGCUGCAGGACGAAUUCGUGGAAGAAGCAUUUUCGACAUUUCUCACUUUACAUCCGAGAAAUGAGGCAGGAUGUCUGCAUUACAAAUACUUCAUGAUUGAAGUGUUGAUUCAAAAAUAUGAGAUUGCAGAUGGCACUGAAGAAUGAUUUUCAUUUUCAACAUUUGGAGGCAUAUAUGUAAUCGGAAAUCAUUCGUGUAUUUUAAGCUUAUUGUAGAAAAACUGUAGAUAAAAUGGGUAACUUGUUGUUCAAAAUGAAUCAUGAGAAUCAUUGAAUGGUGAGUUAAAUGUAUUAUAAUAAUCAUUAUUCAAAAAUACAACAUCAAAAAUUUUUUCUGUCCAAUUUUUCAAAAAAUAGUUAUGCUUCAAAAUAUGUAAGUUGUAGCACUUCGCCUUGUAGUUAUGUUUGUUGUUUUGUUACUAUUUUUUAAAAACUUUUCUUGCGAGGCAUAGAAUGGUGAGUUAUUUGUAUUGUACUAACGUGCAUUCAAAAAUAAAAUGCCAAGAAUUUUUAUGUAUAAUUUUUCAGAAAAUAGUUAUACUUCGAAAUAUCUAAGUUACAGUAUUUUGUCCAAUUAUUAUGCUUGUGGUUUUGAAACCAUUUUUCAAUCUUUUCCGAUUACUAUUCAAAAUUGAAUAAUGCGAAGCAUUGAAUGGUGAGUUAUUUGUAUUGUACUAACGUGCAUUCAAAAAUAAAAUGCCAAGAAUUUUUAUGUAUAGUUUUUCAAAAAAUAGCUAUACUUCGAAAUAUCUAAGUUACAGUAUUUUGUCCAAUUAUUAUGCUUGUGGUUUUGAAACCAUUUUUCAAUCUUUUCCGAUUACUAUUCAAAAUUGAAUAAUGCGAAGCAUUGAAUGGUGAGUUAUUUGUAUUGUACUAAUGUGCAUUCAAAAAUAAAAUGCCAAGAAUUUUUAUGUAUAGUUUUUCAAAAAAUAGCUAUACUUCGAAAUAUCUAAGUUACAGUAUUUUGUCCAAUUAUUAUGCUUGUGGUUUUGAAACCAUUUUUCAAUCUUUUCCGAUUACUAUUCAAAAUUGAAUAAUGCGAAGCAUUGAAUGGUGAGUUAUUUGUAUUGUACUAAUGUGCAUUCAAAAAUAAAAUGCCAAGAAUUUUUAUGUAUAGUUUUUCAAAAAAUAGCUAUACUUCGAAAUAUCUAAGUUACAGUAUUUUGUCCAAUUAUUAUGCUUGUGGUUUUGAAACCAUUUUUCAAUCUUUUCCGAUUACUAUUCAAAAUUGAAUGAUGCGAAACAUAGAAUGGUGAGUAAUUUGUAUUGUACUAAUGAGCAUUGAAAAAUAAAAUGCCAAGAAUUUUUAUGUAUAAUUUUUCAAAAAAUAGUUAUACUUCGAAAUAUCUAAGUUACAGUAUUUUGUCCAAUUAUUAUGCUUGUGGUUUUGAAACCAUUUUUCAAUCUUUUCCGAUUACUAUUCAAAAUUGAAUGAUGCGAAGCAUUGAAUGGUGAGUUAUUUGUAUUGUACUAAUGAGCAUUGAAAAAUAAAAUGCCAAGAAUUUUUAUGUAUAAUUUUUCAAAAAAUAGUUAUACUUCGAAAUAUCUAAGUUACAGUAUUUUGUCCAAUUAUUAUGCUUGUGGUUUUGAAACCAUUUUUCAAUCUUUUCCGAUUACUAUUCAAAAUUGAAUGAUGCGAAGCAUUGAAUGGUGAGUAAUUUGUAUUGUACUAAUGAGCAUUGAAAAAUACAACAUCAGGAAAUGUUUUCUGUAUAAUUUUUUAUAAAAUAUAGUUAUACCUUAAAAUGUGUAAAGGUAAAAGUGUAGUUUAGUGUUCCCCUUGCUGCGCCAAGGAUGACAAGUCGCCAAUAAAGAUGGCGGACAAAAUAAACACUUCUACAAAACAGUUAUGGUUACCACUUUCUGCAUUGAAAUUAUGAUCUUCAUUAAUAAGUAUUGUUUUAUCUGAGAUUUUUUUUAUUUUUUUAACCUUUGUGAUCACUGUCGAUGUUUAUUUUAACGAAUUAUCAAGGAAACCGUCAGAUCAGAAAAAGUAUUACGAAGUGUUAGAAAUUCCAUUGCAGACCAUUUCUAAAACGUAUACCGACAGUUAAGUAUUGCAAAAGAAUAAAUAUUUUCUGUUCGCAUUCACAUUAAAAAUAACAUUACAGUGUCUUAUUAGCAAUAAAAAAACUUUUAAUUAUAAUACAUAACUAAAUUAAAAUCAUUAACUGAUAUUUUUUAUUAUUCUUUAUUUAACAUUUUUCAUAAAAUAAUUGUAAUUCAUGUACAACUCAACCACUGUAAAAAGUAAUAAACAAAAAAGCAUUAGGGGUGCUAUAAGAUCGUUUCAUUGGGUUACCAUGUUGGUGACAAACUCGGGGGCACACUAAACUACACUUCAACCUAUGUAAAUAUUGGAUGACGUUCCUUUAUAAAUACUUAAUCUUAAUACUUAUACUUAAUCGAAUAGUUAUGUUUUUUGUUUUGUAAACAUUUUUGUAUGGUGGUAUUUUUUUACGAUAAUCCAUUUUUAUAAAUAUAUAUAUUUCUAUGAUUUGAAAUAUUUGGA